CUCCCCGCGAGCUUCUGAGGGGACCUCCAGGCCUUGUUCUUCUGCAGUGGCCGCGCCUCCGCCGCCCUUGCGCUCCGGAGCAGGGCGCUGCAGCCGCAGUCCCAGGCGUGGUGUUUGGCAACCAGAAGCCCCAGGGUGCUCGAAGCGUGCAGCCCCUCGCCCGGCCCGGCGAGCCCCGGGUGUAAACCGAGCUGACGGAGGAUGGCAGCCUCAGGGGUGGAGAAAAGCUGCAAGAAGAAGACCGAGAAGAAACUUGCUGCUCGAGAAGAAGCUAAAUUGUUGGCGGGCUUCAUGGGUGUCAUGAAUAACAUGCGGAAACAGAAAACGUUGUGUGAUGUGAUCCUUAUGGUUCAGGAAAGAAAAAUACCUGCACAUCGUGUUGUCCUUGCUGCAGCCAGUCAUUUCUUUAACUUAAUGUUCACAACUAACAUGCUUGAAUCAAAGUCCUUUGAGGUAGAACUCAAAGAUGCUGAACCUGACAUUAUUGAACAACUUGUGGAAUUUGCUUAUACUGCUAGAAUUUCUGUGAAUAGCAACAACGUUCAGUCUUUAUUAGAUGCAGCAAACCAGUACCAGAUUGAACCUGUGAAGAAAAUGUGUGUUGAUUUUUUGAAAGAACAAGUUGAUGCUUCAAAUUGUCUUGGUAUAAGUGUGCUAGCAGAGUGUCUGGACUGUCCUGAAUUAAAAGCAACUGCAGAUGACUUUAUUCAUCAGCAUUUUACUGAAGUUUAUAAAACUGAUGAAUUUCUACAACUUGAUGUCAAGCGAGUUACACAUCUCCUCAACCAGGACACUCUGACUGUGAGAGCAGAGGAUCAGGUUUAUGAUGCCGCAGUCAGGUGGUUGAAAUACGAUGAACCUAAUCGCCAGCCAUUUAUGGUUGAUAUCCUUGCUAAAGUCAGGUUUCCUCUUAUAUCAAAGAAUUUCUUAAGUAAAACAGUACAAGCUGAACCACUUAUUCAAGACAAUCCUGAAUGCCUUAAGAUGGUGAUAAGUGGAAUGAGGUACCAUCUCCUGUCUCCAGAGGAUCGGGAGGAACUGGUGGAAGGCACAAGGCCCAGAAGAAAGAAACAUGACUACCGCAUAGCCCUGUUUGGAGGCUCUCAACCACAGUCUUGUAGAUAUUUUAAUCCAAAGGAUUAUAGCUGGACAGACAUUCGCUGCCCCUUUGAAAAACGAAGAGAUGCAGCAUGCGUGUUUUGGGACAACGUUGUAUACAUUUUGGGUGGCUCUCAGCUCUUCCCCAUAAAACGAAUGGACUGCUAUAAUGUCGUGAAGGAUAGCUGGUAUUCCAAACUGGGCCCCCCAACACCUAGAGACAGCCUUGCUGCCUGCGCCGCCGAGGGCAAAAUUUAUACAUCUGGAGGUUCCGAAGUCGGAAACUCAGCUCUGUAUUUGUUUGAGUGUUAUGACACGAGAACAGAAAGCUGGCACACGAAGCCCAGCAUGCUGACACAGCGCUGCAGCCAUGGGAUGGUGGAAGCCAAUGGCCUAAUCUACGUUUGUGGUGGAAGUUUAGGGAACAAUGUUUCUGGCCGAGUGUUGAAUUCCUGCGAAGUUUAUGAUCCUGCCACAGAAACAUGGACUGAGCUAUGUCCAAUGAUUGAGGCCAGGAAGAAUCAUGGACUGGUGUUUGUAAAAGACAAAAUAUUUGCUGUGGGUGGUCAGAAUGGCUUAGGUGGUCUGGACAAUGUGGAAUAUUAUGAUAUAAAAUUAAAUGAAUGGAAGAUGGUCUCACCGAUGCCAUGGAAGGGUGUGACUGUGAAGUGUGCAGCAGUUGGCUCUAUAGUUUACGUCUUGGCUGGUUUUCAAGGUGUGGGUCGAUUAGGACACAUUCUUGAAUAUAAUACUGAAACAGACAAAUGGGUUGCCAACUCCAAAGUUCGAGCUUUUCCAGUAACAAGUUGUUUAAUUUGUGUGGUUGAUACUUGUGGAGCAAAUGAAGAAACCCUUGAAACAUGAAAAAUGAGUGGACUUCAAGACUCAUCAGAGACUCAAAAAUAUGGCCACCAGUACUUGGUUCCAAAAGUUUGGUUGCAAAGUUUUAGUUUGGUGGUUUGUUUUUAAAGGAAGUUUCAAGUGAAGAAAGAUCCCUAUAAAAUAGAUUUUUUUUAUAUGGAUUUCCUUACUUAAUUCAAAGACCACAUUUUAGCUGCCCACAUAAUCAUGAACAUAUCUAGCAGGAAAACUUGAAAAAUAUUAAACAUUUGGUGAAAAUAUGAAUUCUUCAAUGAAUUUCACAUUUGUGACUAUAUUAUAUGACAGAGUGGGGGAUUGGCUCAUCAGUGAAAUAGUCUCGUCUUAGAUGUAGAUUCUAUUUUCAUACAUCACAGAAGUGCUGUGUAGCUAGGUCUGUUUGUUUAGGUUUAGUCAAGACUAAAGUAGUAUGGAGCAGCUUAGUCUCACAUAAUUUCGCUUGUCUUCAUUUGUUCUGUUUAGUGCCAAAUGUGCUCCAUUUUUAAAAGCACGGCAGAGUGAGUAGAGGCAUGCACAUACUCUCUCACAAACUUUGUAGUCGCAUUUUGGGACUUAAAAAUGUACCAAACUCCUGAUGAAAUAUAUUCAAUCCAAUUAAAUAUAUCCCAUCUUUUAAACAGAAAUGUCAAGCUUAGUACCCAUCAUUAAUUUAUGUCAGUUUACCCAGUGCUUUAAAAAUGAUUGUCUCUUCAGUCCUCACUUUAAAUAAAAUUCAAUUAUGUAAGAAUGAUUGACUAGCCAAAAAUAAAGCUAUUUAGAGCAAAUUUAUAGGUCACUAGAAUAGCACUGAUAGUUAUACAAUAUCAGUGUUGACUUUGAACUUCUUAUGGAUUAAAAGGCACAUGAUUUCUUUCUCUUAGCAAGACACAUCAGAGAUGUUUGACCCCAUUAUAUCUAAAAGUUUUAUAGUAAUUUGAAUCGAACAUUUGUCAUCUUAUAUUAAUUUCAUUUAUGUGGUCAAUAUAUCUUUUACAAACCCAUCUACUCAUUCCUUUCCUAGUAAUGUUUUGCCCUUUUACAUCAUGAAAUGUAUGGAAUGAGCCAUAUAAAACUGUCACCAUCAAUGUUU